AGGAAUCCUUUGGUUGUUGUUGCAAGUCUGAUAUCAAAAGUUCCCAAUUUGGGUGGAUUGUGUCGAACGUGUGAAAUCUUUAAUGCCGAGCUUUUAGUUGUCAAUAACAUCAAAAUCAAGGAAGAUCAGGUAUUUAGCAACACAAGUGUUUCAGCGGAUAAAUGGAUGCCUAUCAAGCAAGUACGAGAGGAAGAUCUGGAAACGUAUCUCAUUGGCAUGAAGACUCGAGGAUAUACAGUAGUUGGUGUUGAACAAGCAACACGAAGUGUUUCAUUAAAUGGAUUUGAAUUUCCUCGUAAAACUGUAGUUCUUUUAGGCAAGGAGAGAGAGGGAAUUCCGACGCAUCUGAUGGCUCACUUGGACCAUGUGCUUGAGAUUCCACAGUUUGGUGUGAUUCGAUCGCUGAAUGUGCAUGUGAGUGGAGCACUGAUUGUAUGGGAAUACACCAAACAACAAGGAACUGGACCAAUAUCCUGA